AUGAGACACACAUGGGUUGGACUUGUGUUUUUGCUGGCGGGUUUAAUCUUGCUGCACCUCUUCGUCGCUCCGUAUACCAAGGUCGAGGAGUCGUUCCAUGUCCAAGCUACCCAUGACAUCCUCGCACACGGAUUUCCGUAUGGCGAUGACAUCGAUCGCAGUAAUUACGAUCAUUUCGAGUUUCCUGGCGCCGUCCCUAGGACUGCCGUUGGGGCAACUUUUCUUGCUGGCUUGUCGCCGUCAGUGACUGCCGCGUGGGCGGGAGUUAACCGGCAAAUUCUGGCUCGAGCUAUCCUGGGCUUGUACAAUGCCGCAGCAUUGGGUAUUUUCGCCCAGGGCUUGAGGAAUAGCUUUGGCCAGACUGUAGCCGUGUGGUACCUUCUGCUCCAGGGCAGUCAAUUCCACCUGAUCUACUAUGCAUCAAGGCUGCUAUCAAACAUGUUUGCCUUUGGAAUGACUACAAUCGCUAUGCGAUAUCUCUUGCCGGACCAGACGUCGCGACCGGGUCUCCGUGUUGGCGUGAAGUUGCCCUUGUGCCUACUCACAAUAGCGGGUGUCAUCUUCCGCGCAGAGCUGGCAAUUCUGGUCGCUUUUACAGGGGUAUUCCUCCUUGCGAAUCACGGCAUGCGUAUCUUCGCAGAUAUCGUCGUAGCAGGUGUCGUGGGGCUUCUCACUGGGCUCAUUGCCACUUUCGGCAUUGAUAGUAUGUUCUGGAAGGAACCUGUUUGGCCGGAGUUGAACGCAUUCCUCUUCAAUGUUAUUGAGGGCCAGUCUUCGGCUUGGGGAACGGAGCCUUUCUCAUUCUAUUUUGUGAAUGCGCUUCCUCGACUUCUGCUGAACCCGCUGGCCUAUCUCAUCGCUAUUCCUGUUGCUCUACGCAACCCCGCCCUUCGCCGACCGAUCCUCCCGCUGCUCGUGCCGUCCAUCUGUUUUGUGACGCUGUACAGCCUUCAGCCUCAUAAAGAAUGGCGCUUUAUCAUCUACAUCGUUCCUGUUCUCACAGCCACGGCUGCCUUGGGAGCGGGAUACCUCUGGAAUCGGCGAGACCGAUCGGUCUUUGCACGUAUCGCGUCGCGUCUGCUGAUUCUCUCCACCGCCGUGUCGUUCCUUUUGUCGAACCUUGUGCUUUUGCCUGCGUCUGCGGCCAACUACCCAGGUGCCCAGGCCUUGAAUGCACUUCACAAGUAUCACGAUCAGCAGUCAUUGUCCAGCGACGGGGCAUCCGUCUAUCUUGGGAACCUCGCCUGCCAGACGGGAGUAACAAGAUUCCUACAGCAACCCUUUGAACAGGGCUGGCGCUAUGACAAAACGGAAGACGAAGACCUGAAGUCUACAGGGGAGUUCUGGGAUCAAUUCGACUACGUUGUCGUCGAGGCUUCUACAGACCCUGAAGUCAAGGAUGCUGAUGAGACUCAAUUGCUCCAUGCACUGCCCUCUUCGCAUUGGAAAACAGCUGAAGUCAUUGAUGGCUUUGCUGGUAUCUCUAUCCUGAGACCGGGGACGCCUGCGGCGGGUCUUGCCGAGCGACGCAUUCUGUCAAUGGUGGCUGGCGAGUCUCUAUAUAAUCUCUACGCCGAGGUUAGAGAUUCCGUGAGGAAGCUUGUCCUGCGUGGAUGGUGGGUGGAGCUGAAGAUGAGACCAAAGAUCAAGGUUCUCAAGCGCAUAAGAGAAGAUUAG